AUGUUCCUGGAACGAUAUUUUCCAGCAUCUAAAGUUGGAAGCAUAAGGAAAGAGAUCUGCGGAUUACAAUCACUAGAUAGGAGUAUGAUUGAUGGAGCCAGUGAGGGUGCACUAGUUGAUAAGACUCAUGCUGCAGCCAGGAGCUUGAUUUCUAAUAUGGAUGCUAACUCACAACAGUUUGGCAUUCGCCAAGAUCCUACUCCACCACCCAAAUCAGCUAAUGAAGUGAACACCUCUAAUGCUAAUCAACUUGGUCAACAAUUGGCCCAAUUAACUUCAGUGCAAAUGACCCAAGCUUCCAUCAAAAGUUUGGAGAAUCAGGUGGAACAACUAGCAACAUCAUAUAACAGUGGGAAGCAAUAUGAUCCACCCAUUCCUCCAAUGCCUAUUAAAUUGUCAUCCAAGCCACAAGUUGAUUGCUCAGUUGAUGAAGAUGUGCCUCCAAAGCCAACCGACCCUACACAACCAACCCCUAAGCCUACUUUUGUCACCCCACCUCCUUUUCCAAGCAGGCUGAAGAAGACUAAAAAGGAUGAGGUUGACAAGGAAAUUCUUGAUACAUUCCGCAAGGUAGAAGUGAAUAUUCCUCUUCUUGACGCUAUUAAACAAGUGCCGCGCUAUGCCAAGUUUUUGAAAGAUUUGUGCACUAAUAAGCAUAAGUUGAGGUGUAAUGAAAAAGAUAGCGUGGGGGAGAAUGUUUCUGCAGGUCUGCAAAAGAAGCUUCCACCAAAGUGUAAGGAUCCUGCUACUUUUACAAUCCCUUGCACUAUUGGUAAUAAAAGAAUUGAGCGUUGUCUGUUGGAUUUGGGAGCCUCUAUAAAUGUCAUGCCAUUCUCCAUUUAUACUUCAUUGAAUCUCGAUCCACUUGAAGAAACAGGGGCGGUUAUUCAACUUGCUGAUAGGUCGAAUGCUUAUCAUAGGGGUGUAAUAGAAGAUGUUUUAGUUCAAGUGAAUGAAUUGGUGUUUCUAGCUGAUUUUUAUGUUCUUGAUAUGGAAGAUGAAUCUAUUCCAUGCUCCAUUCCAAUUUUGUUGGGAAAAACAUUCAUGAAAACUGCAAGAACUAAGUUUGAUGUGCAUGACAGUACAUUGACCAUGGAAUUUGAUGGGGAGACAAUUCGAUUCAAUAUUUUUGAGGCUAUGAGGUAUCCAAGUGAUGUACAUGCUAUUUACUCUCUUGAUGUGUUGGAUAUUCUUUCUCAAUGA